ACACAGAACACCGCAGGAUUGAAAGACGGAGAACGAGCGUCUGCACGUCUCCUGCAUGCACAUGCACCAGCGGAUCAAACACUGCAUGACUGGGGGGUCCGGUAUCCAGGAAACAGCAAGGUGUGCUGGAGGUGGGGGAACAGCCUGUAACCCUCGGCACACACAGCUCCUCCAGAAACACACAGAAACACCUCAGUCCAGCUGCUGGCUGAGCGCUUUAACCAGGCCUGCACGCAUUGAACGUGUGCUGAGAUGGCAGAGGAGAGGUCAGCGGUGCAGCCCCAGCACUCAGCGCCCUCUGCAGGCUUCAGCGGUCUGCUGCAGGAGGCCAGCGCUCCUCUGGGCUCCAGCCAGGACAGAGCCGUCCAGCCGUUUCCCCGCUCACCCAAACUCCAGAGGAAGGCAGCCGUGGACGCGCCGCCGUCUGAGAGGCAGCUGUCCAAACAUCUGGAGGAGCUGAAGGUGGAGAGCUCCAGGACUGAUGCUCACAUUGAGUCUCUGAAGAAACGCAGAGCCGAUCUGUCUCGAACCUCGGAGGUCAUGAAGCAGCAGGUAAGAGAGCACUUCAACAACAUGCGGCGCGUCCUGCAGCAGGACGAGCAGGCCGCCCUGGACUCUCUGGAGCUGGACCUGAGACAGACCAGGACCCGGCUGGACCAGGUUCUGAAGAACUGGGAGCAGCACCAGGACCGAGUCAGUAGGGCCAUCCUGGGCACCCGGAGAGCGCUGAGCCCCGGAGCAGAGCAGGACGGGAAGGCCCGUCCUGAGACCAUCAGUCCAAAGAUACCCAACGCCGCGGAGAGGGAGAUCCGACUGGAUGGAGAGAGAUUUGAGAAGCUCCUAAAGACGCUGUCCUCCGUCUCCAGGAACCUGAGAGCCCAGCUGCAAAGGAAGACUUUGCUGUUAGACUCCUCCCCCAUGGUGAUUGACAGGCAGACCUGCCACCCCCAGGUGACCGUGACCUCGGAGGGGCGUGGCCUGGCCUUCUCUGGCCCCGCCCAGUCUGCUCCAGAGCGCCCUCUCCAGUUUGAUAAGGUGCUGUGCGCCCUGGGCUCGUCUCCCAUCGCCGCGGGGCGGGGUUACUGGGAGGUGGACACCCGCUGCUGCUCGGCCUGGGCGGUGGGCGUGGCCUACGCCACGCUGCAGAGGAAGGGCCGGGACGCGGCCGCCAAGCUGGGCCGGAACAGGAACUCCUGGUGCGUGGAGCUCAAGAGGGGGCAGCUGUCGGCGUGGCACAACGACCGCAGCGUGGCGUGCCAGGGCGCAGGGCGCGGCCCGCCGGGCAGGGUGGGCGUGUGGGUCAACUACGACAAGGGCCAGCUGAUGUUCUACGACGCCGACUCCAUGGCGGUGCUGCAGAGCUUCAGUGCAGCCGUGACUCCGGUGUUUGACCGGGCUCACCACCAGUUCACCGAGCCGCUGUACCCCGCCCUGCGCUUCCUGAAGCCCACGGAGCCGCAGGUCUGGCCGAGCCACCUGGAGGUGUGUUCCCCCGGCUCCAUCAGCUCCAUCAGCCCCCACAGCCCCCUGUGAUGCUGCAGACGGACCGCCGACCACAACGUGGGCCGCUCCACCUCUCCAUUGGCGCUUUUCCACUAGUACCUACUCAGCCCCACUCCAGUCGGUUUGGUUCUUUUCCACUAGGGGUCUAACGUGCCGAGUAGAUACUUUUCUGUAUCUAUUCUGCCGAGGUUCUAAGCUGCUGAGUCAGCUGUAUCUGACAUCAUCACACUACAGGCCACUGAUUGGUCGGGGGGUUGGAGUCAGACGUCUGAGUCAGGAGGAGGAAAUCAGAGAAAGAGACUGACGGCUUUUUGUUCAUUUUAAAUAAAUAAAUUAAUUAGGGCUGUCAGUUUAGCGCAUUAAUUUUAUUAAUUAAUUACACUGCUAAUUAACGCAUUAUAAAAAACAACGCAAUUAAUUAUGAGUGGCAAAAUGCACGAGCAUUUUAAAUUUGUCCCAUUGAGGGACCCGUAGGCCACUUGGCAGUGGCAGGUCACUUCCCUCCUGCUGCUAGUCAAACUAAGGCCCUGUUUACACAGAGCAAAAACGGCGGUGUUUUCAUGCGUUUUGGCCGUUCGUUUACACGAAAACGAAGCUCAAAGUCACCAAAAACGAUAAUUUCUGAAAACUCCGGCCAAAGUGGAGAAAGUUUUCAAAAACUCCGUCUUCACGUUUGCGUCUAAACGGAGGGAAACAGAGAUUUAGUCUUCAGAACGUCACAUUAUGAGACAGAAACGUCACCAGCGUCAUGUGUGCCACCUGUGUUUACAAUUUGUUUGGCCACCGUCAAUAUUUUCUUGUAUUUUACCUGUUUUAUAUUCUAAAGUCACACUUAAAAGUAAUUCCACUUCUCUGUCACUCCAAACUAAAGACUCUCGUUCAUCUUGGAAGUAACUGGCAGUCCAGGCUGAUUUAUGGUUCCGUGUUACACCAACCCAGAGCUACGGCGUAGGGUACGCGGCGACGCACACCGUACGUAGGCUACGCCGUCGAUUUAACGCAGAACCAUAUUAUUCAGGCUUCACACGUGUCAUUUGUUGAUGUUUUUUUCCAGGAUUCUGAUUGGCUAGCAUGACUUUAUCUUCUCGUUACACUGCCCCCUGUAGGUGUGGAUGCUCAUAGCACCUUAACAGCGUAUUUAUCCGUGUUCUUGUAAACGAGGAUAUUUUUCAAAACGUAGAGGGGGAAAUAUCUGUUUUUGUAAAUACUAUGUGGAAACGUGGCCUAACAAAGCAGUGACAGACCUGGACGACUCAGGGGAGACUCAGCAAAUCUUUGCUGGGCCUUUGAACGGCAAGUUUAUGUAGAAAAAGAAAGAAGAUGGGACUAUCAACAAAAACGUGGUGAUUUGUACCUUUGGUAAAAAAUAAUUUUCCUCCAGCGGAGCUGCUCCAGCCUGAAUUAUCAUUUAAACGCUAAACACGUCUGGACAAGUUCCACUGUAAACGUUACAGUUACUAGUGCUUGAAUUGCUGUAUUGAGUCAGCUUUAGUUUUAAUUUUGAAUUGAGAGUCUGCUUAAGUGCCUAUUUGAGACUCAGCCAUAUUUUAUUUCUGAAUUUGAUUUAUUUAACUGUAUUUGUAUUGCAUUUUUGAAUAAUGCACCUGGCCUAACUGAUUUGCUGAUGUGCUUGAGCUUUUUCUUUUGAAUUUCAUUUAU